CUGCUCUUGCUCGCGAAAGAUAUGGUCAAGUAUUCUGGGAUACAUGGAUAAUAUCGCUGUGUAUCUUUAUCUGAUAUAAUCGCGCGCGAUAAAAGGGUUAACCUGCGAUAUAACUUCAGGAACGCAUCCAACGACUAAAUCAUUAUGACGUGAACAUGCCUGCGCGAGGUACAUUGUGACCUCAGAUGAUUAUACGUGCUUAUUAUAGACGGCCGAGUAGCCAAUUUGGCUAGCAAACCUGUUCUUAAGAAUGGAGAAACAAGUAAAAUAUGUUUGGUAUCAUUACAUUGGAAUAUCGUUGGAAUAUCCUUCGAUGAUUAUCGGAUAUACCAAGGAUCACUCAACUUACUAAUUGUUAUCUAAUAUAUUAUAUACAAAUCUUGAUCGUUUCACCGAAAAUCCCGUGACCGCCGUAUUGUUUGAUAAAGGGAUUAAUUCUUAAUUCUAUCUUUCGAUGUCGGCUUAUUGACAAGAAGAAUGAGGAUAGUACUCGUGCUGACAGAGGGUCGGCGGAGGGGGACGAAGGAAGGAGAGAGAGAGAGAGAGAGAGAGAGAGAGAGAGAGAGAGAAGGAGGUAGGGAGGAAGUAUAAGAACUUUUGCACGAGUGGCCCACCUUAUACGGCGGCGACCCGGGCAUCUAAAUAUAAAGGUGGCCGCCGUUGCGACGCUCCUUUCUGUCUGAUGCGAAAGCGCGCAUCCGAGAGCGCGCCUCGAGAGUCUUCCCUUUCAAUUUUUAUUACGCACAUGUAAAAUUACUUUAAACGCCAUAGAAAAAGAUAUAGCAAAAUGGCAAAAUCAAAAGAAUAAUAAUUUAUUAUCGAAAACAUUCAAUGAUAUAGGAAGCAACCGUUCGAGUUGUAUAGCGUUGACUAUAUAACUAUUAUAUGUGCAAUAUGAAAAACCCACUUCUCUUUAGAUAGAACGAUUAAUUCAUUCGUCUAGAGCUUUGAUAAGGUCGGAGCUCUCCUUUGGCUAACCAAACAAGAAUUACAGCCCCGGGAUCGGCGUACGCUUCUUAAAUCUCAAGACGAGCGUAUAUUUAGAUGUCGCCGAUCAUAGACACUGAAUGAACGACCUUUGGGCCGCUCGAACUAUGGCCCCAUCGCAAUUGCUAACGAUUGCCUAUGCUUUUACCUGCGCCCCUGUAUAAUAUAGUCGCGAGAUAAGAUCGAUUUGGGAAAAUAAUCUUAAAUAAUAAUGUAUUCGAUUUCGAAUGAACUUAGUUUCCUUAUUUUGACCGAUUCGAAUAUUAAGAAGAACACGUCGGGGUUACAAAAAAAGAGCUGCGGAAUGAAUGAAAAGAAACGAAAAAAGAAAUAAAUAAGAAAUAGGAAAAGGAAAGAAAUAAAGGAAAAUCGGGGAAACAAGGAAUAGGUAUGCGUGGCGGACGAAAUUUUGCGAGCAACGGAGAGGGGUGUCUUCGGGGUAGUACGACGGUAGUAACGAUGCCAGUUCUUCGCAAGCGAGUUGGGCUCGAGCGUCGCGAGAGUGAGAGAAGCUACCAACAGCCUGGCUCAUCCUGUAGUGUCUAGUGUAACGAGAUGACGAGCUCGUGGCUGAGACCCGCGUUCUUCGUGGGCCUCUUCCUGAGCUUCCUAGCCAUUGACUUGCGGGGAGUGCAAUGCGAAGAAGAGUUAGAAUCGAUACCACCGGAAGACCUUUGCCGGCCUUACAUCGAGAAGGCACUCAAGGAUCUCGGCACAGGAUCUUUGGAGCAGACCAGUGCAGAGGCCGAUAAUGUCAACGACGAGGAGGGACGCGAAGAAGAAGGGUCGGCUAUCAGUGAGGAGGCCGACCAAUCGAAAGAGGAUAAGGACGUAGAUCGAUUGGAGGACGAAACCGAUGACACCGAGGAGACGGAAGAUUCAUCUGGAAAGACCGACGAGGUCGGCAUAGAAGAGACCGAAGAUGCGGAUAUUUUGGAGGAAGCCGAGGAUAAAUCGAUCAAAGUCUCUGACGAGGACGAUCAAACGGACGAAAUAAUAGACGAGGAUACGAAAGGAGACAAGAGCGAGGAAAAGGAUGACGUCGUAGGAGAAGGGGAAGGGGAAGGGGAAGAGGAGGAAUCCGUUGAACCGAGAGAGGAAGAUCGAUCCGAAGAAAAAACGGCUAUCGAGGAAGAAGAGCAAAGGUCUGCCGAAGUAGAGGCGACUCGAUCGGACGAUGAUGAUUCGAUCGAGGCCGCCGUCACCAAGUCAUCCGAAGAAGCUCAUGCGAAGUCCGACGACGAUAUAGACGAGGAAGAAGUCCACCGUACGGGCGAUGGAACUGCGUCGUCUCUUGGGGAAAAUGAGAAUGAAGGAAAGGAGGAUAAUGACGAUAAGGUAGAGCUCGGAGGAGGAGAGGAGGAGGAGGAAAGGACGGACGAUCAAGAGGCCGUGGAUGCCAAGGAGGAAGGUUCUUUGGAAAAUGAAAAGUCGGACGAAGUCGAGACGCGAGACGAGACCGAGAUCGGCGAAUUAUCGAAAGAAGCGAGCGAGGAAGCGAGCGAAACACCCGACGAUGAUAUAUCCGAAAGUGAUAAGGACACGGGCGAUUACGAGGGAAAGGCUCAAAGUGUAGACGAAGAAGAAACUGCAAGCGAAGAGGAAGGCGGUAAAGAGAUGGACGAGAGCACGUUAGAGACGACGAUUAUAUCCGACGAAGAAACGUUGGAAAAAGAAGAAGAGAAAAGUACGAAACGGCAAGAGGAAGAGGGACAGGGAGAAGGAGAAGAAGGAGGAACGAAAGAGAAGGAAGAGACAGUCUCGUCUCGUACCAGACGAGAAGCUUAUGACGAAAGCGAGGAAAAAAGAUCGUUAGAAGAUAAAAGCGAAGAAGAUAAAAGCGAAGAGGACAAGGAAGUUGAAAGUGAAGAAGAACCGAGCCCCGAGGAGGAUUUGAUUCGAGAAAUACAAGUGCCGGAAAAUCUUCGACCGCGCGAUCACAUCAACCAAUUGUUAAAAUUAGACGAGGAAAAUGAAGAAAAGGAGCGUGCCAUACAGAAAGUUUCCGACGUUGUCUUGAGAGACUUGAAGAAGCUCUACGAUAACGCGAUUCAACCUUUGGAAACGCUCUACAAGUACAGAGAUCUCAGUAACAGACACUUUGGAGAUCCCGAGAUAUUUUCUAAACCGUUGGUACUCUUCAUGGGUCCUUGGAGCGGUGGCAAAUCUUCCAUCAUCAAUUAUUUAUUGGACAUAGAGUAUACGUCGAUCGCAUUGCGGACAGGAGCUGAACCCUCUCCCGCCUAUUUCAACAUCCUAAUGUACGGCGAGGAAGAAGAGGUUCUAGAUGGUACGCAAUUGGCCGCCGAUUGGACUUUUUCUGGAUUACAAAAGUUUGGCCAAGGGAUGUUGGAUCGUCUUAGAGGGCUGCGCUUCGAUAACAAGUUACUCGAAAAGGUCAAUAUCGUCGAGAUACCAGGCAUAUUGGAGAUACGCAAACAAGUUCAAAGAUUGUUUCCGUUUAACGACGCGUGCCAAUGGUUCAUCGACAGAGCGGACAUUAUUUUCCUAGUCUAUGAUCCGUCGAAAUUAGACGUUGGACCCGAAACAGAAGCGAUUUUGGAUCAACUCAAAGGCCGUGAAUAUCAAACACGAAUUAUUCUCAAUAAAGCUGAUCAAGUCAAACCGGAAGAACUUAUGAGAGUGCAAGGUGCACUCAUUUGGAAUAUAUCUCCGUUAAUGUCUAGCGCUGAACCGCCGAUAAUGUAUUCCACUUCCCUGUGGUCUUUACCUUACGAAACUGGCGCACCGACUAGGCUAUUGUACGCGCAAGAGCGCGCCUUCCUUCGAGAUUUGCGUUCUGCCAUUGACAAAAGGGUUGAACAUAAAAUAGCCAGCGCUAGGAGAUUUGCUGUUCGCGUAAGAAAUCAUGCAAAGAUGGUAGAUUGCUACUUAACGACAUAUUACAAUCAUAAAACCUUUUUCGGUAAUAAGAAAGAGAUUAGUGACAAGAUCGUUGAAAAUCCUCAAGAUUAUCAUAUUUACGAAGGCUUGAGUACUCUUACCAAUAUAUCACGUUAUGACCUUCCCGAUCCGGACGUUUAUCGAGAUUUCUUCCGAUUAAAUCCUUUAUAUGACUUUCAGCUUUUAAGUUCAACUUGCACUUAUUUCCGCGGUUGUCCUAUUAAUAGACUUGACGUUGCUAUUGCAUAUGAUCUGCCAGAACUCGUUGGAAAAUAUAAGAAAUCUGUAGAAGUGGUGAUGCAUGAGAAUGAGGCUAGUAGCCCAUCCAGUUGAGUACAAAUGCACCUUUUCUAAAUGAAAUUCUUUCUACCAUGUAGAGUACAGAAUAAUGGCUUAUUUUCCUUUUACUCUACGUCCGAAUAGAUAAAAUGAUAAAUUAAGAUGAUUGUGCACAAAUACAGUAUUUUUCACAACGACAGGAGAAAUCUGCUCCCAUAAUUAUGAAUUUAACGACCUACUGCUACAAUUUAUUGGGAGUAGACUGUGCUCGGGCAUUGUGCUGGGAUAGAGUUACAUACGAUCGAAAUGCACAUCACUGUACAUUCUCUAUAAAGAAGAUGAAUAACGAGAGAAAGAGAGAGAACGUAUGAACGAACGCGGGAGAGAACGUGCUAACGAACGAGAGAGAGAGAGAGAGAGAGAGAACGUACGAACGAACGAACGAGCGAGUGAGUGAGUGAGUGAGAGAGAGAGAGAGAGAGAGAGAGAGAGAAAGAGAUAUUUUAAGCAAGCGUCGAUGCUGCAAACAAAUGUGUUUUAAAAGCCACAAGAUUCAUAAUUUAUGAAGACAACUUAUGAUUAUCCCAACAUGUUUUUCAUUUCGAUUUGUUUAGAGCGAUCUCAGCAGUUAAAUUACUAACUUGCAAAUAUCUCAAACAAUCUCCUCUUUUAAAAUUAUGCUUGCACCUGGAAGAUAAUGCGAGUGUUAUCAUUCCGAUAUAAGAUGAACAGUAAAAGUUUUCCUUCAAUGUGUUCUAACAUUAAAUUAUCCAUCAUCAGACUAGCAGAUGCACAUUUCAUAAUUUCAACAAAUGUCCUAUUAACAAUUUGAAACAAGUAUAUAUACGUAGUAAAUUGAACAAAAAAGGCAGACAACUUAACUUAAGAGAGAAUAGAAUACACGGUGAACUGUAUGCAUUAAAAAAAAAAAAAAUGAUACUAAACUAUGAGCAAUCUAUCUACUAAAACUUGUUCAUAAUACUUAGUAAAGAGUAUAAUUACAAAUAAUAAUAUUUCCAUUGUAAAAAAGGAAAGAGAGAGAGAGAGAGAGAGAGAGAGAGAGAGAGAGAGAGAGAGAGAGAGAAGAAAAGCAAAAAUCCAAUGUCUGCAAUUAAAGGCAAAAGAUUGCACGUUACAUUUCCAUAUAUCUUCAUCUCAUUAUUUCAUAUUGCACAAUUUUCAUCUUUUACAUAAUGCUAAAAUGAUUGUUAUUUAGUUUAUUUACAUAUUUUUCAUUGUAUGCAUUUUAUAUGUAAGAAACCUAAAAUGAUUGAGAUACUGCUUCGAAAUUGAUGAUCGGUCGUUACCGUCUUUAUCCUUACCCAUAUGAUAAAUUUUAAGUUACUUGUUGGCGCCAUACUGACACAUAAUCACACAAACCAUUGACUUAUUGUUAAUAUACGAAUUGUUGGUGUUGUUAUGAUUAUGAUUAUGAUUAUGAUUAUGAUUAUGAUUAUGAUUAUGGUAAUGGUAAUGGUAAUAAUUAUUAUUAGUACUACUACACUAUUACACUAGAGAAACAGCAAUAGUAACGGCAAUGGUAACAACCAGAACAACUACUACUACUACUGAUACUAAUAAUACUACUAUUGCAGCUACUACUGCUGAUACUACUAGUACUAUUAUUGUCGUUAAUAUUAAUAUUACUGUUAUAUUAUUUCAGUUGUUGUUAUAGGUAUUAUUGUUCCAUAUUAUAAGAUACAUCGGAUAAAUUAGAUGACUUAUUUUGCAAAAAUAAAUAUUUCUUUCUAAACA